AAAAAAAAAAAAACACUCCCAUGAAAUAAGAGGUUGACACCUAAACAAGAUAUAAUAAAAGGAAAAGAUAGAAAAAGAUAGAAAAAGGAGAGGGAAAAUUGGUCAAAUUAUUGAAGGAAAAGUCAUCAUCUCUAUUUUAGUUUUUGAUUGGAAUCCCAUAGUUCCACAGAUUUUGGAACUACAUUUCUGUGGUGGCCUUUUCUGGUUAUCUCUCUCAUUUUCUUGGUGCAAACAUGGCGGAUUUGAGGAGCAAUAGUGAGAGCAAUAGUGAGAGUAAGACUGAACAGAGGCGAGUUGGGUUAUUAUACGAUGAGCGAAUGUGUAAACAUCACACUCCUGACCACGAAGACCAUCCCGAAAACCCGAAUCGCAUCAAAGCCAUUUGGAAGAAACUGCACAGUGCUGGUAUACCUCAAAGAUGUAUUCUUUUGAAUGCCAAAGAAGUGGAAGAUAAGCAUGUUUUGUUAGUUCAUUCCCAAAAUCAUUUGAAAUUGAUUAAGAAUAUAAGUUCGAAACAAUUCGAUUCGCGAAGAGAAAGGACUGCAUCAAGAUACAACUCCAUUUAUUUCAAUGAUGGAUCAUCUGAAGCUGCGUCUCUUGCUGCAGGCUCUGUUGUAGAGAUGGUUGAGCGAGUUGCCAAAGGAGAAUUAAAUUCUGGUAUGGCUAUUGUUAGGCCUCCAGGACAUCAUGCUGAACAUGAUGAACCAAUGGGUUUUUGUCUUUACAAUAACGUGGCUAUUGCAACACAAGUUCUAUUGAAUGAGAAACCAGAAGAAAGGAUUUUGAUCGUUGAUUGGGAUGUUCAUCAUGGUAAUGGUACUCAAAAGAUGUUUUGGGAGGAUCCGCGUGUAUUAUUUUUCUCUGUUCAUAGGCAUGAGUUCGGAAGCUUUUAUCCAGCCAAUAAUGAUGGUUUUUACACAAUGAUUGGUGGAGGACCGGGUGCUGGAUAUAAUAUAAACGUCCCUUGGGAAAAUGGUCAAUGCGGGGAUGCUGAUUACUUUGCAGUUUGGGAUCAUAUUUUGAUUCCCGUUGCUAAGGAAUUCAACCCUGACAUAAUUAUAGUAUCUGCCGGGUUUGAUGCAGCUGUUAAUGAUCCCUUAGGAGGUUGUCGUGUCACGCCAUCUGGAUACGCAAUCAUGCUGAAGAAGUUGAUGGAUUUUGCCCAAGGGAAAGUUGUGUUGGCUUUAGAAGGUGGUUACAAUCUGGAGUCUAUAGCAAAUUCAACGCUUGCUUGUGUUGAAACUCUGCUAGAAGAUAAACCUGUCGUUGGAUCUGCAGAAGUGCACCCAUUUGAGUCUACUUGGCGUGUAAUAGAAGCGGUUCGCCAUAAUUUAAGUCCAUUCUGGCCUAUACUUGCAAAGGAACUACCAAAGAAAUUAACUGAUCAAAAAGCACAUCUGAUUCCGUAUGUUCCAUCUUCAAGCUCCGAUUCUGAAGUGGAGGACAAUGAAAAUGUAUCAGAAAAAUUUGCAGACCUUCUUAGUCGCCUUGUAGAACCAUUUUCGAAGAUGACAACCCAUGCAGUGUCAAGCAAUUCUGACAACUGGAGAUCAGACCUUUCAAAAUUUGAUAUCUGGUAUGCCUCUUUCGGAUCAAAUAUGUGGCAACCAAGAUUCAACUGCUAUAUUGAGGGUGGACAGGUAGAAGGUAUGACAAAGCCAUGUUCCGGUGCAGUAGACAAAACAUUGCCGAAAGAGAUUUUAUGGAAGACUUUCCCUCGUCGAUUAUUCUUUGGUCAUGAUUUUUCACAAACUUGGGGUCCUGGAGGGGUUGCGUUUGUUAGUGUAGAAAGCAACAUCCAAGAAAAAGUUUACAUGUGCUUGUACAGAAUUACACUCGAGCAAUUCAAUGAUGUUUUGCUCCAGGAAAAUUCUAAAAGUCUACCAAUUAGUUCCCCACUGUUUGAUUUGUCAGCUUUGAACUCCUUCACCAAUGGAGAAUCCAAUUCUGCGGAGGUUAACUUGGAGAGUGGUUGGUAUCGUAGAGUCGUGUAUUUGGGAAAGGAUCAUGAUAUUCCUAUACUCAGUAUGACGUGCAAACAAUCUGAAUUUGAGAGCUUUAAAUCCGGAGAGCUUACGCUGCGAGCUCCAGCUGAGGGAUAUGCCAAAACAUUAGUAAGAGGCUUGGUGGAAGGAAAACAACUUUCAGAAGCUGAGGCUAUGGCAUACAUCAAAAAUAGUUAUACAAGGCCACUAUAACUGCCUAGUCUUAUUUUCUCUUGUAUACAAGUACAACUCUAUCUUCUCUAAUGAUGAGAAGCUGUUAUUAUUGGUUCUGAAGGCAGAACCUUGUGGCUGUAGUAUAUUUUAAGUAACUUGUGUGGAUUGUAUUAUUUCAGUGGGCAAUGGGGAUUGGAUUGUUAGUAUUUUAAGACUUAUGACUUGAACUUAAUUUGGAUAUCAUUUUAUGAGAACACAAUGUGGUCGAUCUACCUUGUACGAAGGUCAAUUUCCUCAAUGGGAGGUAUUCUUGUCUAAAUUAGGAACAAAAUUGGGACACUCCGAUCUUGACUUCCGUUUUAUAAAAGAUUUUCUACUUCUCUUUA